CCUUGUCGCAUCGAUUGAAUGGUAACGUACAUGUGUACAUUACAUACAUUACAUACAUUACAUAUGUGUACAGUACAUUCAAUAUUCCUGUUAGGCUGCUAACUUCAAAUGUUAUAACUUCAACCUAUAGAUACUGAAAUGUUCAUGAAUUUAUCCAUAACAUAACCUUUUCUCUUCACUACAACUCCACCAAAUUGCUUCGCCGGUCCUCUCAAAUCAAGUCAAGAUGUUGGAUACUUUCGAGAUCCUCACCACUUCUGGUGUCGUUCUCUGGUCACGAACAUAUGCCCCAGUUAAUCCAUCCGUCAUAAAUAACUUCAUCUCCGAUGUCUUCAUCGAGGAAAAGGGCGCUGUCGCUGGCGCAAAGGACACCCAACCUACCUCCAGUAAUCCACCCUACAAGGCAGAUCAACACACCUUGAAGUGGACCUUCGUGAAAGAGCUCGGCGUUAUCUUUGUUGCUGUCUAUCGAUCUCUACUACACCUUUCCUGGAUUGAUAAACUAGUCGACAAUAUGAAGACAAUAUUUAUCGAUUUAUACGGCGACCAGCUCAAAAAGCCCAAUACCACAAUCGUAGAGUGUCGCAAAUUCGACGAGUACUUUGACCAACAAUACCGAGAACUCGAAGCGAGCGGUACGAACAAUGCGUCACGACCCACUAACCCAUCCUCCCUCCUGGAAGAGGAUAGCGUCACAGGACAUACUAGACAUGAACCGCCACCUGCGCCGGGUUUGGUGCAUAAGGGUAGAACGCAGAAUGGCUCGCGGGAUCCUCUAUCAGCCACCGAAUCAACCCAUGUCGGAACCCCAAAUACCUCUCGGCCCUCAACUCCUGCAGAGAAUCACCUGCUUGUAGGAAAAGGGGGCCCAAUAGCCAAGAUGUCGAGGAGAGCUAGAAAAAUCAAGCACAACAACUCUGCCCCCGUCUCAUCGGGAGAUGAGGGCUCGGUCAGGAAAGGCAAGAAAGCGCCCAAGAAAGGCCGCAAAUGGGAUGCUGAUGGCUUUGCCGACGAAGAGGAUGAUAGUUUACAACUGGAUUACUCAGCAGCUCAUAAUCCUUUAACAAGCGAUAGUGAGGUGGAAGCAACUGCUAGAUCAACAGCGGUUGAAGGGGUAGACUCGUCUACAUGGGGAACCACAACUUCCAAGGGACAAUUUGUAUUGAAGGACUUGGAUGACGAGGUUCACUCUAUUUUGAAAUCCGCUGAGACGAAGAAUACAACCUCAAAGACGACGAAAGGUGGCCUUGUUGGAACUGGGUUGAACACGCUCGGUAACCUCUUCCGUAACGUAGUGGGUGGUAAGACUUUGACGAAGGAAGAUCUUGACAAAGCUAUGAAGGGUAUGGAGGACCAUUUACUGCGAAAGAAUGUGGCCCGCGAAGCAGCUCUACGACUUUGUGAGGGUGUUGAGAACGAACUUCUCGGGGUGAAAACAGGCAGCUUUGAGAGCAUUGAUGCGCGCAUUGCUAAGGCUAUGGAGGCAUCCCUCACUAAGAUGCUAACACCUACUUCGUCACUGGAUCUUUUGCGCGAGAUCGACGCUGUCACAAAACCAUCUAUGACCUCAAUGCGCAAGCCAAGGCCCUACGUCAUCUCCAUCGUUGGAGUCAAUGGCGUUGGCAAGUCAACGAAUUUGUCCAAGAUUUGCUACUUUCUCCUUCAGAACAAAUAUAAAGUGCUUAUUGCGGCAGGGGAUACGUUCCGAUCGGGAGCUGUGGAGCAGUUAAAAGUCCACGUGCGAAAUCUGAAGGAGCUGACCGAGCGUGAGGGUGGCAAAGUAGAGAUUUUCGAAAAGGGGUACGGAGGUGACGCAGCAACAGUCGCAAAAGAUGCCGUACGAGAGGCCGCAAACGAAGGUUUCGAUGUCGUACUCAUCGAUACCGCAGGACGACGACACAAUGACCAGCGAUUGAUGUCUUCCCUGGAGAAAUUUGCCAAAUUUGCCCAGCCUGAUAAAAUUUUAAUGGUUGGCGAGGCGCUCGUGGGAACGGAUUCAGUGGCUCAGGCCAGAAACUUCAACUCAUCCUUCGGCCCAGGCCGAACCUUGGACGGAUUCAUCAUCUCUAAAUGCGAUACAGUUGGUGAUAUGGUGGGAACUCUGGUUAGCAUUGUACAUGCUACAAACGUACCAGUCAUAUUUGUUGGUGUUGGACAACACUACUCCGAUAUCAGAAACUUCUCCGUUAAAUGGGCGGUGGAGAAGUUAUUGAGCAACAGUUGAUUUAUCCAUAGAAUAAUAUCCAAGGACCUUGUUACCGUUCACCUGCACAAUCCUAUUGGCUACACGGUUUCUUAUUUUCUUGUCUAAUAUUGCAUCACCAUCUUCCGACUCAGGGGUAAGGGAUGAGUUCUACCUAGGCGCCUAGUUACUAACGAACCGCAGACCCUUUUGUUUCUAGUUCGUCAAAACACAGGGGUAGUAGGUAGUAAUGAAUACUCCUUCA